AUGCCGACCUCCGGCGACCUGCCACGCCCUCGCGUGGUCCUCCUCCCGAGCGCCGGGAUGGGCCACCUCGUCCCGUUCAGCCGCCUCGCCGUGGCGCUCUCCCCCAGCUGCGACGUCUCGGUGGCCGCCGUGCUCCCCACAGUUUCCUCCGCCGAGUCCGCGCACCUGGACGCCCUCUUCGUCGCGUUCCACGCCGUCCGCCGCCUCGACUUCCCCCUGGCUCCCUUCGACGCGUCCGAGUUCCCCGCCAGCGCCGACCCCUUCUUCCUCCGCUUCGAGGCCAUGCGCCGGUCCGCGCCGCUCCUCCUCGGCCCCAUCCUCGCCGGCGCCGGGGCGUCCGCGCUCGUGACCGACAUCGCGCUCGCGUCCGUGGUCAUACCGGUGGCCAAGGACCUCCGCCUCCCCUGCUACGUCCUCUUCACCGCCUCCGCCGCCAUGCUCUCCCUCUGCGUCCACUUCCCCGCCUACCUCGACGCCAACGCCGGCGGUUCCGUCGGCGACAUUGAUAUCCCUGGCGUGUACCGCAUCCCCAAGGCCUCCGUCCCGCAGGCGCUGCACGACCCCAACCACCUCUUCACCCGCCAGUUCGUCGCCAACGGACGCGUGCUCGCGGCAUCCGACGGCGUCCUGGUCAACUCAUUCGACGCGCUCGAGCCGGAAGCCAUUGCGGCUCUGCAGGAUGGCUCCGUCGCCACCGGGUUCCCUACCGUGUUCUCCGUCGGGCCGCUCGCCCCAGUGAGCUUUCCGUCAGGCGACCCGGCCAAGAACCAGCCACCUUACAUGCGGUGGCUGGAGGCGCAGCCGGCGCGGUCGGUUGUGUACGUGAGCUUCGGGAGCCGCAAGGCCAUCUCCAGGGACCAGCUCCGGGAGCUCGCCGCCGGGCUGGAGGCGAGCGGGCACCGGUUCCUGUGGGUGGUGAAGAGCACCGUGGUGGACAGGGACGACGACGCCGACCUCGGCGAGAUGCUCGGCCAAGGGUUCCUGGAGCGCGUGCAGGGGCGGGGGAUGGUGACCAAGGGCUGGGUGGAGCAGGAGGAGGUGCUGAAGCAGGAAUCCGUCGGGCUGUUCGUCAGCCACUGCGGCUGGAACUCAGUGACGGAGGCGGCGGCGGGCGGGCUGCCGGUGCUGGCGUGGCCGAGGUUCGGGGACCAGCGGGUGAACGCCGGCGUGGUGGCGCGCAGCGGGCUCGGCGUGUGGGUGGACAGGUGGAGCUGGGAGGGGGAGGAGGGGAUGGUGAGCCGGGAGGAGAUCGCGGAGAAGGUGAAGGCGGUAAUGGCAGACGAGGCAGUGAGCAAGAAGGCGGCGGGAGUGCGGGAUGCGGCGGCGAAGGCUGUCGCUGACGGCGGCUCGAGCCACGGGAACUUGGCCCAAUUCGUGCAACGGUGCCGGGAUCGAAGCGUAAGCAAGUAGUACGCUCUCUCCACUGUAGAAGCGAGUAGUAAUAAUACUCGGUUGUAUCGUCUAGACCGGGCAUAGACGUGAACCACCUUCUGGACGUGUUGUAUCGAACCGUUUGCGCCGUUUGUGUUC